CUGCGGCAAGAGCGGUCUCUUCUUGCAAAGGACCACAAGGAGCUUCAGCGACAGUUCACUGAAGUAUCAGAACGAGUCAACAAGCUUCGCAAUGACUAUGCAAGGUCACAGUCAUCACACGACAACCGCCGUCAUCAACUCGAUUCGCAUCUCGGUGAAAUUGAUGACCUCAGGCGUGCGCUCUCCAAUCAAGCCGACGAAUUACAGCGUAGCGAGGAGGAGAAAAACCGCAUGGCCAUUGAGAAGACCGAUGUUGCACGCACUGUUGCAGCCCUUGAAUCCGACCUUAGACGUGUCAAGCGAGAUGCCGAGGCGUUUGGACGUGAUCUUAAAACUCUGCGAACAGAGAAAGAGAAGCUGCAGGAAAAACACAGGAAUGAAUUGACGAAAGCUGAGCGAGCCAAAAAGCAGGCCCAGACUCAGAUAUGUCUCCUGAAUGAGCAGCUCAACGGCCAGCAUACGAAGCUAAAGACAGCCCAGGAGAAGCUCAAGAUCAAGGAUUAUGGAUUUGCUACGUGGCACAAGGAGGAGUGCAAAGGCCUUGUCGUCCAGAUUCGGUACCUCAAGGCAAAGUUUACCCGCGAGUCUACCUUGCGAGAUGAUCUCGUAUACCAGAAACAUUAUCUUCUUGUUCUCCUCUCGAACUUUGAAGCCAGUGAGAAGCGUAUACUGGCCUGUAUAUCCUGGAUAGGAUAUCUCAAACCGAAAAACCCACCAGCAAUGAUGAAGAAGACACGCUCGAUAAAGAGCGUUGUGCUUAGUGUCGUAUUUAUACGGCGUGUGAGGCAAGUUAGUGAGGCUUGGAGAGAAGCGAGUUCAAACAAACAAGCGAUUUCCACCGCGCUACAAGAAGUCCGUCGUCGAAGAGCCCUCAGACUAUCAACGUUCGCUUGA